GCAGCUGCAGCACUGCUCUUCCUCGCGGGCUGGUCACGUGCUCCUGUGUGUUGACUGUGGGGGCAAAAUAAAAAAAAUAAAAAAAAAUCUCUGCAGAUCUGCAGCAGAGAGGCUAAAACAGAGCUAACUGUCUUCUGGAAUACGAAACAUCAUCAGACCGAGGCGCGAUAACAACAAACAGACAGACUGCAGUAUGAGUUAACGUGCAGGGAGCCGCGUGCGUUCAGGAGGAUCAGGUGUGUGUGUGUGUGUGUGUGACACAGCAGCAGCAGCAGCAGCAGGAUGCCCAUCCCUCCCCCUCCUCCCCCACCUCCAGGAGGACCCCCACCUCCCCCCACCUUCAGCCAGGCCAACACCAGCCCCCCCAAACUGAGCAAAGAGGAGACUAAAGGCCGCGGCGCUCUGCUGUCUGACAUCUGUAACGGCACCCGGCUAAAGAAGGUGGCGGUGGUGAACGACCGCAGCGCUCCCAUGCUCGACAGUAAGAGCCAAACACCAAAGAGCCAAACACCCCCCACAGACCACCCAUACAUUCGUUUAUACCAAUACCUACACCAGCAGCAGAGCCAGCCCAGACAACAGGGGGCGCCGUCCGAGGAGCAGCAGAGGACCUCUGCUUUUUCGCUAGAGAAGCCCAAAGGAGGCGGAGCAGCGACAGGGGGAGCCAAUGGCAGUGCAGCUGGAAGUCCUUCAGGUUCUGUUCCACCGAUAGGAGGACUGUUCACAGGUGGCGUCCCCAAACUGAGACCGGUUGGCGACGGUUCCUCGGGACGUUCUCCCUCCACUCGUGCCGCAGCACCCCGCCCACCCAGCCAUCGCCACGAUGACGCAGACAGUCCUUCCCCUCAGGCGUUGUCACCCAUGGAGACGAGUCGUACCCAGCGGCCCUCUCUGCCCAACCUGACCUCCUCUCCCUCACCCUCCACCCCCUCCUCUGCAGCUUCCUCCCCCUCCACCAGCAUGAAGCACUCCUCCUCCGCACCGCCUCCCCCUCCUCCUGUCUGUCGCCGUGGAAACGCCCCCUCUCCUCCCUCCUCUUCCUCUGCUUACAACAGAGAGAAGCCCCUCCCCCCAACCCCGAACAACACUCCUCCCCUCCCGUCAAAACCUCCCCCAUCUCCAGGCAACAGCAGACGUCCGCCCACCUCGGGUGGAAACCCCGGCGCCUCCUCCACUUCCUCAACUCUGGCUCCACCCCCUCCACCUUACCGCAUCAGUAAUGGUCCCACAUGUGGAAGUGGCGAGGCGGCGCCCGAGCUGCCACAGCGUCACAACUCGCUCGGCAACAAGAGGACUGCCCCCUCACCUGGAGGCCACACCCCCACCAGAGGCCCCGCCCCUCCACCUCCUCCUGCUUCCCCCACCCCUUCUCAACAGGGCGCCAACAGGCCACCACCCCCCAUCCGAGAUGUUCCAGGUAGAGGGGCAGCCCCUCCUGUUCCCGCUCAGCCUUCUGCGUCGAGGGCGGGAGGCAGAGAAGCCCCGCUCCCCCCUCCUUACAGGACACACGGUAGCCCCUCCCUCUCCUCUGACCCCCCUGUCAGAGGGAAACCUCCUCCCCCGCCAACCCGCACCCCGGCCGCUCCUCCCCCGCCUCCCCCUCCCAUCCGCAACGGACACUCCUCCUCUACCACCUCCUCUUCCAUCCCUCGUUCGUUUGUCGAUGAUUUCGAGUCCAAGUAUUCAUUUCAUUCUCUGGACGACUUCCCUCCUCCCGACGAGUACCGACACUUCGCCAAGAUCUACCCAAGCAAGGCCAACAGAGUGAUGAGAGGAGCUCCACCACUGCCACCUGUCGGCAGGUGAACCAUGACAAGGACUACACGGCUGGACCCCCCCCCACACACACACACACACACACACGCUCUACCCCGCUUCCUGUUUGAUGACAUGACGUCCAGCUUUAUCAUCACCGUCGCCUUCAUCACCACCUCAUCUUGAGAUCAUGGCUUAUUGCCCCCAGGGAAAGCGCCGAUCUGACUGGCUGAGGAGAGCUCUCACCUGAUUGGCCGAUGAGACCUCUGAUCUGAUUGGCCGACGCAGCAGAACCGCGUUAAACUGCUCAGGAAGUGAUGCAGAGUGUUCAGAGUGAUGAUGACGAGGUUGUUUCCUGCUCUACAAACUUGUUUCA